AUGUUACAGUACACGGAGUGUGUUUACCGCGCUUCGGCUCGGGUGUGUGGUCCGAGCUGCGCCCUAGGGAGUGGAGCGGUGGGUGUUGUAGCUGCGGCGCUGGUCGCGAACUGGCUCGGCCAGACUUCUCCUCCGCCCGAAAGGGCGGGAGUUUUGGCGCUCCACGCGCCUGCACCCGACGAGAUCUGGAAACCCCAGUUUCGACCUCGAAACCCCGAAUCAACUUACCGUACCGGACCAGAUGACCUUAUCGGACCUGUGUACUGCACACAUUUUGCUGUGUUUGCACACAUUUUAUCUCAGAUAGUGACAAGUGCAGACGGCAAGACACCCCUUGCGUUCGCUGUCUCCCGUGGCAACACCAAUGUGGUGGACAUCCUUUUGAAAGCUGGAGCCAACAUUGGCUUCCAGCUUCCCAGUGGAGACACUGUUCUUCACAUCGCCUGUGAACAUGGCUACCUUGCUAUUACUGAAUUACUUCUCAAGAAAGGUGCACGUGUUGAUACGCCAAAUAAGAAGAAAUGGAGACCCCUUAUGAUCGCUGCCCAACAUGGCCACACGAACGUGAUGAACAUCCUGCUCAAAGCUGGAUCCAAAGUUGACUCACAAGAUUCGUACGGAUUCACCGCCCUUUACUGGGCUUCUUUUUGGGGAUAUCUUGCUGCUGCUGAAUUACUUCUUGUGAAUGGCGCAGAUGUCGACAUACCGCAUGUGGACGGCAGUACGCCCCUUAUGGUCGCCGCUUCGUUUAACUACGAGCAUAUUGUGGGCAUUCUUCUCACGUCUGGGGCUAAUAUUGACACGCAGAGUCCCAACGGGUCCACCGCGCUUAAUAUCGCGUCUAGUAAAGGCAACAUCUCCAUUGUCAAAUUACUUGUCGAGAGCGGUGCAAGUGUCGAUUUGCCAGACAAUGAGGGCUGGACCCCUCUAAUGAGUUCUGUCAGAAAUGGUCAUACAAUCGUGGUGGAGAUUCUUCUUGAAGCAGGAGCCAAUGUCGAUGUCAAGCUCGAAGGUGGAACCACACCGCUUUUAUAUGCAUCUUGGCACGGUUAUCUUCCGAUAGUUGAGUCGUUUAUCACGCAUGGGGCAAAGAUAAACCAUAUUAAUUCGGAAGGUCUUAGUCCGCUCAUCAGCGCGGCAUUGCAAGGCCAUGCAGCUGUGGCUACCACUUUGCUAGCGAGUGGUGCUUCUCCUGACUUGACGAAUGGUGAGGGCUGGACUUCCCUUAUGAGAGCCGCUGAGCGAGGACAUCGUGGAGUGGUGAAGGAAUUGGUACGACGCGGAGCCGAUGUUGAUUUCAAGCGACCAAAUGGGUCGACAGCUCUAAAUAUUGCGUGUGAGCACGGUCAAUUCGAUGCUGUCGUGGAACUCGUGAAUCGUGGAGCGUCGAUUGAACUAGCCGACAAGGAAGGGUACACUCCUCUCAUCACUGCUGCCCAACUGGGAUACUCCGAUAUUGUCCAAUUUUUAGUGAAUCGAGGCGUCAACAUGAAUGCGCGUUUGCCGAAUGGAGGAACAGCAUUGAUCACAGCCGCUUGGUAUAAACGCUUGGCUGUUGUUCGAAUUCUUGUUGAUAAUGGAGCGGAUAUUAGUAUAUGUGGAGACUUCCAGAAUUGGUCACCGCUGACUGUGGCGUACUUCAGUGGCUACUUGGAACUUGUGCACCUCAUUUAUAUGCAAACUUUGGAGAAUGAAAAUGUAUCGCAGCCAUCACCACCGGCAGCUCCGAUUGUAGUCGCAUCAUGCAACAGUAUUGCCACGAAGAGCCGAAAUGGAGACACAGCUUUACGAAUUGCGUGCGAACGUCGUGACCUCAAGGUAAUUAAAACGCUCGUGCGUGAUACCUACAACGAUCUCAACUUACCAAGCGGUGACAAGGGAUUGACGCCAUUGAUGACAGCUUCCCGAGACUGCAAUCCGGAUGUGGUGGCCAUUCUCCUCGAAGCUGGAGCUAACAUCAAUUUGAAAAAUGGAGAUGGGCAUACAGCUUUAAACUUUGCUGCUGAUCGGGGUCAUCUCCCAGUCGUUGAGAUUCUUCUCGACAAGGGCGCAAGUGUGGAUAUGCUGACUACGGAAUGCUGGACACCCCUUUUGCUAGCUGCCUCCAAUGGUCAUGCAAAUGUGGUGAACAUUCUUUUGAAAGGUGGAGCCUACAUUAAUUCACAAUAUCGUAAUGGGUCCACUGCUCUACUCAGCGCUUCACAGCAUUGUGAUGAUGUCGCUGUUGCUGAACUAGAUGUCGAGAAAAGAGUAAAUAUUGAUAUGCCGGAUAACGAGGGCUGGACGCCACUUAUGAUUGCGGCCUUUAAUGACCACGAGAAUGUGGUGGACAUUCUUCUCAAAGCUGGGGCCACCGUUGAUGCGCAACAUCCCAAUGGGGCCACCGCCCUUUAUAUCGCUUCUGAGAAUGGCCAUCUCUCCGUUGUUGAGAUGCUUCUCGAGAAGGGUGCAAGUGUUGACAUGGCGAAUAAGUAUUGA